CACUUGUUCGAGAGCUAAGAAACCGCCAACACCAACCAAAGGCUAAACACAAACAGAACCAAAAAUAAAUCUUCUCUCUCUCUCUCUCUCUCUCUCUCUCUCUCUCUCUCUCUCUCUCUCUCUCUCUCAAAUCUCUCUCCGUCUCUAUGUAGUGUCCGGUUUCGUGUUGUUUUGUGGUGACAGAACAACAGUCUGUGCCCGUAGCAUUAUACUUACCCUCGCUGUCAUGGCCCCAGCUCCGCUCCCAUCUCUCUCUCUCUCUCUCUCUCUCUCUCUCUCUCCAUGAAUGAUCUUUAAAGCUUAAACCCUCUACUACUAAAAUCAACCUAACCACAUUUUCUCCUCCUCCUGCGUCCUCUCUUUUUCAAGACCGGUAAAGAGUAGAGAUCAAUCCAAGAAUGAUCCUCGAAGCCGGUGUCUAAGUAAACAGGAACAAAAUGGAAACGGGUUCGGGUUCAAGUCCCGGUCCGGCCACCGAGUCGGGCGGUUCCUCCACCGAGUCUUCUCUCAGCAGCGGCCUCAAGUUCGGGCAAAAGAUCUACUUUGAGGACUCGGGUGGUGAUGGUAGGGGUCCGGGGCCUAGUUCGUCAUCCGGGCCGGGCAGGAAGACCCGGGGAGGCGGGUCCGGCCAAACGGGUCAGCCGCCGAGGUGCCAAGUGGAGGGCUGCAGGGUCGAUCUAAGCAAUGUGAAAGCUUAUUACUCACGCCACAAGGUCUGCGCCAUGCACUCUAAGUCCCCCAAAGUCACGGUCGCUGGUCUCGAACAGAGGUUUUGCCAACAGUGCAGCAGGUUUCAUCAGCUUCCGGAGUUUGACCAAGAGAAACGGAGUUGCAGGAGGCGUCUCGCCGGGCAUAACGAGCGAAGGAGGAAGCCGCAACCUCCAGCUCUGUUCACUACUCGUUAUGGAAGGAUCUCUCCAUCUCUUCUAGGAAAUGCCACUACUGCAAUGAGUGGUGGGAGCUUUUUGGCUGAUCCUAUGGCCAGUGUGAUGAGACGGCCCCUCUCUUCUCAUCCAUGGCAGAUAGACCCUGAAACUCAUCCACUGAAUAUUUUCGGAGGACCAACAAGCUUUUCAUGCCCAGAAGCCAUGAACCCUAGGGCAGAAAGCUACAAGGGAGUUGCUGAUUCAAGCUGUGCUCUCUCUCUUCUGUCAAACCAACAACAACAACAACAACCAUCACCCACUUGGGAAGCAUCCAUGGAUUUCAACUUGAUGACUGUAGGUGGGGUUUCCAUUGCUCAGCCAGGGCCUGCUUCCACCCAUCACCAGUAUCCGAGCCCGCCUCCAUGGGAGUUAAAGAACAUCGGCAGUACUUCACAGGAUAUGCCUCCUGUUCUGGGUUUGGGUCGAAUCUCGGAGGCUACUAACUCUCAGAUGGGUGGUGGUAGUGCAGCCAUGAGCGGGUUCGAGCUGUCUCAGAAUCAGCAAACGAGGAGGCUGUACAUGGAGCAUGAGAACACCAGUGGUUAUGAUUCUUCUCAGAAUAUCAACUAACCUCUAUGGGUUGUCUCCCUCUCAAGGGGACUUUUUUGUUGGAUUAACACUUGAAGCACCCACCAGACUUUAUCUAAGGAUGGAUGUGUGGUAGUGUUCUGACAAAUCGAAGCCCUUUCUUUAUCCUUUUGUCUUCUGUGCGACUAUAAACCAGACAGUGGUUGCCAAGAGAAUCACAUUGGUUGUGUGCUCAUUGUUUUUCUUCA